AUGAUGAUGAUGAUGAUGAUGAAGACUCCGCCCCCUCCUCCUCUCGCCCCGCCCCCACCGCGCAGGUCCGGGUUUCGCGUGGAAGAGCUGCUGCUGCCGCGAGCCCCGCCCACCCCGCCCGUGCUCACCAAAACCCACCAACCAGGAGCGCCAGAGGACCUGAAGUUCGGAGUUAGAGCCAUCCUCGCGCACACGCCCAGGACAGGUAAGACUCCGGGCCCCCCUGCCGUCUGCUCGUUCCACCCCAAAGCUUUUCCUGCUCCGUAUUAUGAUGGAUCUUUCUACCCUUUCAUCCGCUCCGCUUACUUCCCUGCCUCUUCAUCCAUGGUGCCCAUUCCCGGGACAUUCUCAUGGCCCCUGGCCUCCAGAGGGAAGCCCAGAAGAGGGAUGCUCCGGAGGGCCGUGUUUUCGGACGUCCAGCGGAAAGCUCUGGAAAAAAUGUUCCAGAAACAGAAAUACAUCAGCAAACCGGACAGGAAGAAGCUUGCCGCCAAACUGGGCCUUAAAGACUCACAGGUCAAAAUCUGGUUCCAGAACAGGAGAAUGAAGUGGAGGAACUCGAAGGAGAGAGAGUUGCUGUCUGCUGGAGGCUGCAGAGAGCAAACCCUGCCCACAAAGACCAACCCGCACCCGGACCUGAGCGACGUGGGGAAGAAGUCUUCAGAGGAGGAGGAUGAAGGCGAGCCCAACGUUGUGUCUCCGUCUCAUUUCAGGAAACACUCAGAUUUUUCAGCGUCAGAUGAAGAAAUAAUGGUCUCAUAGAAGCUCCCACAGUUUUUAUGAGACUAAAGUGACUGUAAACGCAAAGCACAAACGCAGCUAAUGCGGUCAAUAAAGGAAGUCGAGGCUGAAGUUGGCUUGUUGUUCGAACUUUCCGUUCCACCUUAAAUGGUGCAGCGGUUACAUGUAUUGGUAUACAUGACAUAUAGCAGAUACAGGUAACUGGGGCACCAACUUAGGUGGAACGGAAAGGUCGGAUAAGAAGCCAACGUCUUGCAUUUGAAGUUGUUCUAGCAUUUUCCUAGCUGCUGAACCAUUGAAGGUUAGACGGAAAAUUCAAACAAGAAUCGGGCGAAUACGAAAGCAACUUUAGCUUUAUCGACACAAAGCCUUGCACGGCGGACAUGUUAGGCCAAACUACGCCCUGUUCUAGAAAAUAUAGUGAUUUAUCUAUUGAAUUUAAGUGAUUCUAACUCAGUUUUCUCAUUUUCUCUCAGACUUUAGUCUUCAUCCUGUGUUCUCGUGCAACUUCAGUUGGCAGGCCAUGUUAGCACGCUAGCUAAGCCAGCAUUAGCACUAUAGUCAUAUCCUAGCUCGCACUGUUUGGCAGAUAUCUUCAUAACAUUUAUCUUGUAUGUAAUAAGAAAACGUCGUUUGUUGUGUUCUAGAUAAUAACACUACAGUGGUAGCUAACGUUUUCAUUUUGGUGCUAACUUCAAAACUCCACUAGCUAGCCAGCUAGUUAGGUUUCCAAGGAGGCCAUGCCCAUAUCUGAAGUAGUGAGCAAUGUUUUAGUUAAAACCACCUAAAUUCAGGAUACUAAGGCGAUUAAUGUAGAAAUCUGAGUUAAAAUGGCUAAAACCAUCUACAAAUGAUCAUAUUUAUGGCCCACAUCCAGGCCAUAAUUGUGCAUCUCUGUAAUUAGACCACUAUGAACAUUCACAUGAAUGUAU